AUGGCUUCGUACUACUCUCCGGAUGCCAUCCUCACCGACUCUCAAAAGGCACCUUGCACAUUUGAGCUCACAGUGCCUCAGUUGACACCUCUCAACAAUGGCUCUGUCAUCGAUAAUGGCACCAAAUUGGAACUUCCGCUUUGGCUAGCUGAAAUGCUGGCCGUUUCGAAGCCUGCUGGGCCAUCAUCUGGCUCUCUGGCGUCUCUCGAUAUGCCUGCUCCUCUAGGACCUCGCGUGAUGAACGCUCUCCGGGCUGAUCCCAAGUCUGUAGACAUUCGUGCUCAGGCGCAGCGCUUUUAUGGACUUGGGGAAAGGAUGCUGGAGUUGUUCGAGGAUGAGGAAGUCGGCGACGUUUUGAAUGAUACCUUUAAGCUACGAGCCAUGGAGAUUGCAGAUCGAGCCCAGAAUACCCGACAUGUCCAAGACACAGACUUCAUUCGAGGACUGGACGAGAGCGAGAGGCAGCUCUUUCUCACAGCCCGUGAGGGCAGUUCUGCAGUCAAGUCAUGGUUCGAGAACAACAGUCGCAGAGACUGA